UGAGACUCUCAAAGAAACACCAUGGAAGAAGAGCAACCUCCGGCCAAGAAACGAAACAUGGGGAGAUCUAGAAAAGGUUGCAUGAAAGGUAAAGGCGGUCCAGAGAACGCCACGUGUACUUUCCGUGGAGUUAGGCAACGGACUUGGGGUAAAUGGGUGGCUGAGAUCCGUGAGCCUAACCGUGGGACUCGUCUCUGGCUCGGCACGUUUAAUACCUCGGUCGAGGCCGCCAUGGCUUACGAUGAAGCCGCUAAGAAACUCUAUGGACACGAGGCUAAACUCAACUUGGUGCACCCACAACAACAACAACAAGUAGUAGUGAACAGAAACUUGUCUUUUUCUGGCCACGGGUCGGGUUCUUGGGCUUAUAAUAAGAAGCUCGAUAUGGUUCAUGGGUUGGACCUUGGUCUCGGCCAGGCAAGUUGUUCACGAGGUUCUUGCUCAGAGAGAUCGAGUUUUCUACAAGAAGAUGAUGAUCAUAGUCAUAAUCGAUGUUCGUCUUCAAGUGGUUCGAAUCUUUGUUGGUUAUUACCUAAACAAAGUGAUUCACAAGAUCAAGAGACCGUUAAUGCUACGACUAGUUAUGGCGGUGAAGGCGGUGGUGGCUCUACGUUAACGUUUUCGACCAAUUUGAAACCAAAGAAUUUGAUGAGUCAGAAUUAUGGAUUAUACAAUGGAGCUUGGUCUAGGUUUCUUGUGGGGCAAGAAAAGAAGACGGAACAUGACGUGUCAUCGUCGUGUGGAUCGUCGGACAACAAGGAGAGUAUGUUGGUUCCUAGUUGCGGCGGAGAGAGGAUGCAUAGGCCGGAGUUGGAAGAGCGAACAGGAUAUUUGGAAAUGGAUGAUCUUUUGGAGAUUGAUGAUUUAGGUUUGUUGAUUGGCAAAAAUGGAGAUUUCAAGAAUUGGUGUUGUGAAGAGUUUCAACAUCCAUGGAAUUGGUUCUGAGAGUUUUUAUUUAUUACUAUUAUUUAUCAUACAUAUUUCUUAUAUUUGACUUAGGAUUGUUUAUUUGUUAUAC